UCACAUGACCGCCUCCGUUAUUUCCUGCAGCACCAACCUCUCCGCUACUCGCUCCUGCCUGCGACAGCACAGCAGUGGUGUGGUCGCUCUGAUCGCACGUUAACGGAAAGACGAAAAACACUCCUUACGAAGUGCAGGCCUCCACUGUGUUGAAGUCACAGCGACGACGGAUAUAAAACACUUAUAUACUUGUUUUCUAAUCUUAGUUUCAGUUUUUUUUACUUGAUAUUCCUGUAAAAAAACUCAUUAAAAAAAAAAAAAAGCUCAUAAUGGCGACAGCUGCGGUGUCUGCCCCUGCUGGCUGCAGCCCCGGGUCGGGAACGGAGCUAGUCCGCGGGCAGGCCUUCGACGUCGGGCCUCGGUAUAGCAACCUCUCCUACAUCGGGGAGGGAGCCUACGGGAUGGUGUGUUCUGCCUAUGAACGGGACAACAAGAUACGUGUGGCCAUUAAGAAGAUCAGCCCUUUUGAGCACCAGACGUACUGCCAGCGCACCCUGAGAGAGAUCAAAAUCCUUCUGCGCUUCAAACAUGAGAACAUCAUCAGCAUCAACGACAUCAUUCGCACACCAACCAUUGACCAGAUGAAGGACGUAUACAUUGUCCAGGAUCUCAUGGAGACUGACCUGUACAAACUCCUGAAGACUCAACACCUGAGCAACGACCACAUCUGCUACUUCCUCUACCAGAUCCUACGAGGGCUCAAGUACAUCCACUCUGCCAACGUCCUGCACCGCGACCUGAAGCCCUCCAACCUUCUGCUCAACACCACCUGUGAUCUCAAGAUCUGCGAUUUUGGUUUGGCUCGUGUGGCUGAUCCUGACCACGAUCACACUGGUUUCCUAACAGAGUAUGUUGCCACUCGUUGGUACCGAGCACCUGAGAUCAUGCUCAACUCCAAGGGCUAUACCAAGUCCAUAGACAUCUGGUCGGUGGGUUGCAUCCUGGCUGAGAUGUUGUCCAACAGGCCAAUCUUUCCCGGGAAGCACUACUUGGAUCAGCUUAACCACAUUCUGGGGAUCUUGGGAUCUCCCUCUCAGGAGGAUCUCAACUGCAUCAUCAACAUUAAGGCCAGGAACUAUCUCCUGUCGCUGCCUUUACGCUGCAAAGUGCCAUGGAACCGCCUCUUCCCCAACGCUGAUCCCAAAGCUCUGGACCUGUUGGACAAGAUGUUGACCUUUAACCCUCACAAGAGGAUCGAGGUGGAGGAGGCCCUGGCGCACCCUUACCUGGAGCAGUAUUACGACCCCACAGAUGAGCCUGUUGCCGAGGCCCCGUUCAAGUUUGACAUGGAGCUGGAUGACCUACCCAAAGAGACACUGAAGGAGCUCAUCUUUGAAGAAACUGCACGUUUCCAGACUGCCUUUAGGUCCUAACAUCUCACACAGCUUUUUCGAUGCAUAACAUGAGUCUACUGAAAAGCAGCAGAGUGUGACGUCUCUCUAAUUAGAGCAGCAGAACGCACAAAGCUGCUCCCUGCAGAGGCAACAGUUUGAUUGUUUGUGCAGCUUUUAAAUGUAUCUUCACAUCCGAAUUCCUCCAUUUCAGUAUCUGUAACUUCUGUUAAUGUAUGUUUUACCUUUAUCUUUGGCUAUAGUAACAUUGUGACUGAUGUAAUCCAAGUGCUGACAUAAUGCAUUUCUCUUUAAAGGAUCAGAGUAGAAGCCAGAGGUGAUGGGGAAUUUUAUAAAAGAAUAUGUAAUACUUGUAAAUGCUAAAUUUAAGUAACGGGAAGUUCUUACAUAAACAUUUGUAGCUGAGUCUUUUUAAGUGUACGUCUUAUUUUAUUUUUUCUUUGCGGUGGUGUUUCUGCACGGCUCUAGUCUCUUGGUGUUGGUUACCUGUCACUCAAACCGUGUGUUUUACACUAGUAGUGGUGACGUUAAGAGAGUCUGUAAGCUUCUCACUUUUUGUUGAUCCAUGGUGGCCACUUUUCUUAAUUUUGAAUAAUCCACAGCAUGUAAAAUGAUUGAGCACAGAGGAUGUAAUUCCAAGGUAGAGCAACUAGAAAUUAAUAACGCCUUUACAAGGACCCAUGUUGAGCUACAUGUAGGCUUCCCAACACCAGAAAACUCACUCUAUUCCUGAUUCAAGACCAUUAUAUCUAGUUCAGUUUUUACUGAGGAAUAUUUUCCAUUCUGUAAUCUUAAAUCUAACUUUUGAGUACAUGUAGAGGUACAAAUUAAAGGUAUAGCAACCAUUUAAAAAGAAAUAAAGAUGGCAAUGAAGAAAUGCAGGAUAGGUAAACGUGUGUGCCAGGUGAAUAGUGAGGAGUGCUUUAUAUUCAGUCAAAGGUAGAGAACACAAAACUCUUUUUACAUGGACAAUGAACAUCAGAUCCUCCUACAGUGCAGAAGUCCCAUACUGAAAAUGUUUUCAUUAGCUUCACGUUAGGGUUUGAGUUCAAAAAUCAAAAAUGCAACUUGUCAAAGGGAACCUAACCCUGUUUGCUAUGCUAAGUGAAAUCACCAAAGAAAUAGAAUUAUUUCUGUCUGUUCAACUAAUCAUUACUUAAAAUAAAGAGGAAAGACAAAUGUCUUUUUGUCAGGUUUCUUAUAAUAAGGUCUUAGUGUUAGUCAUUUGACACAGGACAAGGUUUAUAAAUGACGUCCGUGCUGUCUCGUCAUGGGGGAAAAAUUGCGUUGCCGAACAUAUUUAGUCAUAGUUUUGUUUAAUGACUGUA